UCCCUAAUGUGAUUCACGUAAAGAGUGUAAAAGUUAACAAAAGGCAAAAUAAAAGUUUUACUAACAUCAUUCAAAGCACUGGCCAGCAACAAUGGCCGCUACGUUAAAACCAUAUUUGACAGCUGUGCGGCACUCACUAACCGCUGCAAUGUGUCUGCAAGACUUUCCUUCACAGGUUGUGGAGCGGCAUAACAAACCCGAGGUAGAGAUUUGCUCUAGCAAGGAGCUGGUGCUCACGCCCAUUAUGGUCUCCCGCAAUGAGAGGGAAAAGGUGCUCAUUGAACCAUCAAUUAACUCGGUGCGUGUGAGCAUUGCCGUCAAGCAGGCAGAUGAGAUAGAGCGUAUCCUGUGUCACAAGUUUACGAGAUUCAUGAUGCGGCGAGCGGAGUCGUUUAUUAUAUUGAGACGAAAACCAAUUGAUGGAUACGACAUUAGCUUCCUGAUAACCAAUUUCCAUACGGAGCAAAUGUACAAACAUAAGCUGGUUGACUUUGUCAUCAGUUUCAUGGAAGAGAUUGAUAAGGAAAUCAGCGAAAUGAAAUUAGCCGUUAAUGCCAGAGCACGCACUUGUGCUGAGGAAUUCUUGAAGCGCUUUUAAGUCAAUUUAUUUUUACCGUAAUACCACGAAUGAGUUCAAUAAAUAUUGCAUUUUUCUAUAAACUGACAUUCCAUAAAGCGGUCUCAAUAAAU